AUGGCCACAAGCGCACCCCUGCUGCCCAAGGAGGGCAAGAAAGGCGCGCACUCGAAGGCCAGUAUCUUCUAUGGAGCCGACGAGUACCUCGAGGAGCUCAAGAAGAAGUACGCCCAUGAUCACGAAAUCGCGGCCCUGAAGAACCUGCUGCCCGGGGACAAUGACCCCAACGCAGCUGGGCAGGCGGAGAGUAAGGACAAGAUGAUGAAGUUGGAGAAGAACGCCGAGAACAGGAGCUUGAAGACCAACCGGCUCUUCCCCACGGCCAACAAGCCGGACCCAAUGCCGCAAAACUUAGCCUUCCUCUUCACCAAGAUCACCCCGGAGCAGAUGAUGUACAUGUGGAAUGUGCUCACGGCCAUUUUCGUGACGCAGGUCUUGAUGGUGUGCCUCUACAGUGCUGCUCUCGCCGCUUUCCCGGAGCACUGGUGGACCUGCACGCUGUGCUUCGGCAUUCCCUUCUCCUACAUCGCCAUCCAGAACAUCUACAUCGACCACGACGUCAUGCACGGCGCUACCUUCCCGGUCUACGAGUGGCAGAAGUUCCUCACCCACCCCUUUGCGGACUUCUUCUCGCUGCCGUGGGAGGAGUUCGUGCUGGAGCACAACCGGCACCACGCCAGCACGGUGGAUCUGCUGAUCCAGGGCGAGUUCGGCUGGGACCCUGAAGAGUUCCACUACGCGCUGCAGCAGUGGGCAGGACCCAUGGGACCCAACUGGUACAAGUACCUCCUCACAGUGCCCUGGAUCCCCAUCAUCCACUUCUUUGGGCUGAACGACACGGGCUCCCUCUUCGCCUUGGAGUGGUGGAUGCACUUCCCUGACGAGGGCACCGGCGGCAAGUGCAACAAGGAGUUCUGGAGCAAGUGGGUGCCCCGGCGGGUGAAGCACAACGCCUUCGUGGCGAGCCUGUGGGCCUGCGUUUGGCUCCUGGGCACCUUCCCCCUGGGCCGCCCCCUGAGCGAGGGCUGGAGGUUCAUGUUCACCGUGUCCUUCUUCGCGCGGGUGGGGUACUCGGCGGCCUGGAUGUUCAUCACCAACUUCACCCACUCCCUGCCCUGGAACGAGUUCCUGGCCAACGACCCGGGCCGCACCUGGCCCGUGCUGCACAACCUCAUGGCCCUGGUCCUGGGGGGGAAGCACCGCUGGAACGAGAUGCUCUUCCACGACGUGCACCACGCCUUCCCCAACGCCGUGGGCACGCUGAGCCAGCGGGGCCGCUUCCACGGCUGGGAGAAGGUCCACGACGCCGCCGCGGAGGUCUUGCACCGGGGUCUAUGGAAGGCCAAUGGAGACGAAGAGACCCAAAUGCAGAAGACACAGAAGAAGCGCUCCAUGAUGAUGAAGCAGGGCAAGUGA